AUGGCCGAUGCCAGCGAUGACGUGGGACAGCUGUCCCCAACACAGCAGCAGGCUCUUCAACAGUACAUUCAGGUCACCGACCAAGACGUCGAAUCAGCCGUCCCCCUGCUGGAAAGGUCACAGUGGAAUGUACAGAUUGCCAUAGCCAAAUUCUUCGACGGCGAAGGACCCGACCUAGUGGCAGAAGCCAUGGCCGCGCAGGACAUACCCCGAACCACGGCAAGACACGAGAACCUCCAACAGAGCCUUCUCGCCUCGGAAGGCUUCGCAUCGAUACCCCAGCGACGGAACCGAACCGACCCGGCCCCGAGGAUAGUCCCGCAACAGCCAGUCACACAUCGAUCACCGUGGAUAAUAGGACUCCUUCUUUCUCCGUUUGGCUGGGGGUGGCGCGCCGCUUCGGCCCUUUUCCGAACGUUUUGGUACCUCUUGUCCUUGCUGCCAGCGUCUUUGCGACCGCGGGCCGUCGCCAGCCGCAUGUCAACAGGCUUCAAGGACACGAGCGGCCGGCGGAUGCUGAUGCCUCGCGACACGGCCGCACGAUUUAAGCGGGAACUCGACGAAGAAUACGGCGCGAACCAACUGCCGUUCUUCGAGGGCGGCAUGGCUCAGGCUCACGAUCUGGCAAAGAAGGAGCUCAAGUUUCUGCUGGUUGUCCUGCUGUCUCCCGAGCAUGACGAGACGGCGUCCUUCAUCCGCGACACGCUGUUGUCGCCGGACGUGGUGGACUACGUCAAAGACCCUGCCAACAACAUUGUGCUCUGGGGAGGAAACGUGCUGGAUUCAGAAGCAUACCAGAUAGCCUCCGAGUACAAGUGCACCAAGUUUCCCUUCUCAGCCUUGGUGUGCCUGACGCCCAAAGAGGGCAGCGCUCGCAUGGGCGUUGUCAAGCGACUCGUGGGGCCCAUGCCGGCCGCAACGUAUCUGUCCGAGCUUCAAGACUCGGUCGAGAAAUACGGCGCCGACUUGGCCGGCGUCCGCGCAGAGCGGGCUGCUCAGGAGGUGGCUAGGAGCCUUCGCAACGAGCAGGACUCGGCGUACGAGCGAUCCUUGGCCAUUGACAAGGAGCGGACCCGCCAGAGGAAAGAGGCCGCAGCUGCCGCCGAGGCCGCCGAGGCCCAGGCCAGACGCAAAGCCGAGGCGACGGCCUUGCUCGAGAAGCAGCGACGCCAGUGGAGAGCUUGGCGCGCUGCCCGCAUCCUGCCCGAGCCGCCGGCGGGCGACAAGGACGUGGUGCGCGUCGCCGUCAAGAUGCCGGACGAGUUUCCCGGGGCGGGACGGGUCAUCCGGAGAUUUCCGCCAGAGGCUCCGCUGGAAGAGCUGUACGCCUUUGUGGAAUGCUACGACAGGUUGCGAGAAGCCGCAGACCAGGACGACGCAGUCGACUGUGGCCCCGCGGUCGAAGCACCCAAGAAUUACGAGCACAAGUAUUCCUUCCAGAUGGCAUCCACCCUGCCCCGAGUGGUGUAUGAACCCAGCAGAACAGCCACAAUGGGCGAGAGGAUUGGCAGGUCGGGCAACCUGAUUGUCGAGCAGACGACGCCUGAGCCGGAAGGGGGGGAGGAUGGCGACGGUGGCGUCGAGGAUUAG